AUAGCUCUGAAUCUGCUGCUUUGUAGCUGGUUGGUUAGGGAGACGGCUGUUGCAUAAACAAGCCAGUGCUGUUCCUGGACUUUUCCUCACUCCAAAGGAAGAUGAAAAUCUUGCCCUGUCUCUUUCUUCUCUGGGAAGUAUUUUCUGCAACAGUCCUGUGCUAUCCAAAUGGAGAAAUCAGUGGGUCCUGUACUUCUAUGCUACCCGGUCAUAGAGAUGCUGUUUCACAAACCUCCCCACCACCAUACGCCAUCUUUGUCUCCAGUACUUCAUUCACUCCAGGAGAUGAGGUCAUAGUAUCUUUAGUUGGAGUCAAUGAGACCAGCUUUAGAGGAUUUCUACUGCAGGCCCGGGCAGUUGGAGGAGAGACUGCCGUUGGGAAUUUUCGAAUUCUGACUCCUAAUGUACGAGGUCUUGCGUGCAGCAGCCUUCAGAAUUCUUCACUGAGUCAUACAAACCGGGAAGACAAACAAAACGUAACGGCUAUUUGGAUUGCACCUUCUGGCAUUGGCCAUGUUGUGUUCAGAGCAACAGUGGUCCAAACUUUUUCCAUAUUCUGGACUCAGAUUGAAAGCCCUGUUCUUGUUUCUACUACCUCACCAAUUUCUUCAGUUUCACCCAGUUUCACACAGAUUACUAGUUCUUCUGCCACAAUCUCUACAGAAGCUGGCUGUGGUACAUGGAAAUUCUGUUUCAGUAACCCCCCAGGCUGUAGUCCACAGGAUCCAAACUGCUACUUCAUGUCAUCUACGGCAUUAGAGGGUUCUGGAUUCAAAUUUGAAAUGAGUGGUCUUUCAGCUGGCUAUGUAGCCAUUGGUUUUUCUGAUGACACUAUUAUGGGAAAUGAUGAUAUCUAUAUUUGUGGCAGGAACACUGCAGAUCGCAUAGAGGUGCAACAUGCCUUUUCAACUGGACGUACCACUCCAAUCUCUAAGCCUCUGGGUGAAGUAGAGGUUCUAGCAACAUCCUUUAACAAGGGAAUCACCAGCUGUUCUUUCAUUUCAAGAAAUGCCAUUUCAACUCAGUCAAGGGAUGUUGGCAGUUUAUAUUACAUAUUUUUGGCUUUUGGACCAUCAUCAGCAGGCCAAAUACAUAUGCACCCCAGGAUCCCUUUUAUUACUAACCAGAAGGUAAACAUUUCCAGUUUUGAACAAGCACAAGGUGGCGCCCGUUCUACACCCUUGAUUAUUAAGGCUCACGGAGCCCUGAUGCUGAUCGCUUGGAUGACCACAGGCAGCAUAGGAAUGAUAUUUGCCAAGUUCUUGAAGAGAUCCAUCAAAACUACUCUUCUUGGUAAAGAAACUUGGUUUCAGGUCCACUUCUUGAUGAUGAUGCUAACUGUUGCAGCAACGGGAGUUGCUUUCAUAUUGAUCUUUGUGGCCGUAAAAGGAUGGAGUAGCGUCCACUUCUUGAUGAUGAUGCUAACUGUUGCAGCAACGGGAGUUGCUUUCAUAUUGAUCUUUGUGGCCGUAAAAGGAUGGAGUAGCGGUGCAGGAGCUCAUGCUAUUAUUGGAUGCAUUGUCACGAUUCUUUCAUUUCUUCAAAUGAUGAUUGCAUUUUUUCGACCUUCUCUUCAAAACAAUUGGAGGUUUGUUUUUAAUUGGUUUCACAUGCUGAAUGCGUUAGUCAUCAAGGUUUUGGCAGUUGCUGCCAUAUUUCUGGGACUCCAAAUACUUAGCAACUCUUCUGGCCACUGGAUGGUUAAAACCAUGGGAGGCUUUGUGGGCUGGGAGGCACUCAUGGUGAUCCUGAUGGUUGUAAAUCAGUGUUUCAAAAAGAAAGAAAUAUAUGAGGAUCCACAAGCCAAGAUGGAGAAACAUUCCUUCUUUGCAAUCAUUUUUUGCACUGUGUUCAUAUACAAAGUCCUUGGAUAUCCGUACAAUGAUGUGUCUAUAGCUUGUGACUCCAUGUUGCCCGAUCAUGGAAGUGGACCACAGAGGUCUUCCCCACCUUAUGUCAUCUCUGUAUCGUUUGAUAGAUAUGAUCCAGGAGAUGAAGUACAAGUGGUUCUAGAAGGAACUUCACCAUCUGGCUUCAAAGCAUUUAUGGUCCAGGCUCGAGAACUUGAUGGAAAUGUUCCUGUUGGCAUGUUUCGCAUCGUAGAUCCAAAUACACAAGGCCUUCGAUGUGCCAAUAUGUCGAAUUCAGCCGUAAGUCACAGAAGCCCCAGCGUAAAGCACAGAGUGACAACAACAUGGGUGGCUCCUCAGGGCACUACAAGGAUUCGCCUAAUGGCAACUUUUGUUCAAGAUUAUGACACCUAUUGGGUUGGUGUUCAUAGCAAAACUCUCUCACCCAGACAUUCAGAAUUUGUUAACGCCUCCCAUAUUUUCAAUGAUUCUGCCAACACCAAUGCAUCAGAAGCAGCCAAUGUAACGUCCAUGGUUUCGGAGAUCAUGGAUGAUUCUGAAGAAUUAAGUGAUGGUCAUGAAGAGAUCGAUUUCAACAGCCUUGUGCCUGAAGCUGAGGCAGAUGAUAGCUCCGAGGCACUUGAUAAUUUCGAGGCAACAGACAACUCUAGAAGAAAAAAUGCCAUAGGAAAAAGCAGGAGAAAGUCAGUUGUGACUUUUGACAUAAACUGUGGUAAGAGUGGAACAUACCAAUCAAGCAAUGGUGCUUGUGUCACGAGUACGCAAGGUUCAUCCCAGAGCAGUGGCAGCCAAUCCAAGGUUAUAGUGGUUAAACAAGGAGCCAGCAGUGGCAGUGGAUGUGUUGGGGGUAAAGUCGCAAGUGUGUACAACCAAUAUGGUUGCGGAGAUACGUCUGGUAUUGGUGAUGGGUCUUCUUCAUAUGGCCAGUCUGUUUCAAUUAAUGCAGGCAAAGUAAAGGUGGUGACUUACCCAGAAAGCAACCCCUUCCCCCCUGAGAAAUAUGCAAAUGCUAAAUACAAUGGAGUAACCUAUUCCCAGGAUUCAAAACCUUCAAAAAGUGGUUCAUCGGAGACCAUCCGUAUUACUGUCCAGGGUGGACAAGGAAGCCCCGUUUGUGAUAAGGGUUCAUCAUACUAUAACAUCCAGGCUUGUAACAAGUUGGGCCAGUCUUCAAGCUCACAAAGUACCACCUCCUUUGGCACACAGGGUUCAAAGUCUCAAGGUGGUUCAUCAGAAACCAUCCGUAUUACCGUCCAGGGCCAGCCUUCAGGCUCACAGAGUGGCACCUUCUCUGGCACGCAGAAAAUAUUAGGAAUUGGGGUCAGUCUUCAGGCUCACAGAGUGGCACCUUCUCUGGCACGCAGAGUGGAUCUUAUUCAAGCAGUAGCGGUCCAUGUGGGCAGGGGAGGACCUAUGACAGCAAUCCCUGCCAUCAGGGGCAAUCUUCUUCUUCCUCCUCCUCCUCUUCUUAUUCUUCACAAAGCUCUUACAACCAGGCUAAUUCACAGUCUCAAGGCAACAGCAACCCCUGUAAACCGAGCCAAGGAUACUCUUCACAGAGCACGUACAACAACCAGGGUACUUCUUACAACGACAACAGGUGUUGAACGAAGCAUAUGUGGAAAUAGAAAGGAUAGCUUAGAGCUGAAGAAUAUGAAAGAGAGAUCAUGAGCCUGAUUUCGACACAGACGGAAAACUAGAAUGCAUCAAGAAACAGUGCAAAAUUACUCUCUGUCUGCAUUGCAUCCCUGAUACACAAUGUUGUUGAAUAGAAGCAAAUGCAUUUAUACCAGUCAAGUUCUCAGUGGUAACAAGCCCAAUUAAAAAGUAUAUUUAUCAUACAA